UCGCGAGAACAAACGAGAUCCACCCGUUUUAACACGGGCUGGAAACCCUGUCUUACCCUCUUCCUCUCGCUGUCCACAAGCAAGAUGCCUGGUGUCACAGUGAAAGACGUCAACCAGCAGGAGUUUGUCCGGGCCCUGUCAGCUUUCCUGAAGAAGUCAGGAAAGCUGAAGGUCCCAGAUUGGGUGGACAUUGUCAAGCUGGCCAAACACAAGGAGCUGGCCCCCAGCGACGAGAACUGGUUCUACACCAGAGCUGCUUCCACAGUGCGCCACCUGUACCUGCGUGGGGGUGCCGGUGUGGGCUCCAUGACCAAGAUCUAUGGUGGUCGCCAGAGGAACGGUGUGUGCCCUGCCCACUUCAGUGUUGGCUCCAAAAACGUGGCCCGCAAGGUGCUGCAGGCCCUCGAGCUUCUCAAGAUGGUGGAGAAGAACCCCAACGGUGGUCGCAGACUAACCGCCCAGGGAACCAGAGAUCUGGACAGGAUUGCUGGCCAGGUCGCAGCUGCGAAGUUGCCCCCCAAGGCUGCCCCCACAGUUUAAUAAAUAUUUUUUGGAGAAGGUGUAAUCUUGUCUGUUCUUUUUUCAAACCUGAGCAAGUUGGGAUUUAUCAACAAUAGAUGGAAACUUUGCUUUCAUGGGUUUAUGGUUUUGCAUACCGAUGUUGGCUAUGUAACCUCUGGUCUUGAUGUCAUUGGGGGACUAGAUUGAAGUGUAGGUGUUUUUGGGAUGGUGGUCUGUUUAGUCUGCACAAUGGUUUUUUGUUGAAUUCCAAUAAACUUUCAAAAUAUUACUCA